UAAAAUCUCUUCACAAAAGAAACCGAAAGUUAUGUUUUCACACCGGCAGAAUUCAGGGCAGCCCACUCACGCUUCAGACAUGGCGACGCAGAUGGCGGUAAAUUCAGGAGCCAGUCUGUGGGGGCCGCUGAAGGAGCUCUGGGAGGCUGUGGAAGGGGCCAUUUGGAGACGUCAACCAGAAAGUGUUCAUCUUUUAGAUCUGCAGUUGAAGAAACACAAACCCUACUUCCUCAACCUCUUUAAAAACCCACCGAAGAGUGCAGAACAGAGAGAGAAGGUUCGGAAAGCCAGUACAGAAGGCAUUGCUAUCCAGGGUCAGCAGGGAGCACGACUACUACCUGAGCAGCUCAUCUCUGAAGCCUUCAUCCUUAGUGACCUUUUUGACCUUGGAGAACUAGCCGCCCUCGAGCUGCUGCUGGCAGGAGAGCAUCAGCAGCCUCAUUUCCCCGGCCUGACCCGAGGCCUGGUAGCUGUGCUCCUUUACUGGGAUGGUAAACGCUGCGUGGCCAACUCUCUCCGCUCACUUAUCCAGUCCAGACAUGGGAAGACUUUCACUCUUGACUUGAGUCCUGAAUUGGUGAAUCUCACCACACGGUUCACAGAUGAGCUGAUGGCCCAGGGUUUGACCAAGCAAAUACUGAACCUGGUCUCUGACGUCAGCGUGACCCGUGAGUUUGAGAGGCUGCAGAAAGAGCGUGGCCUUGGCAAUGAGAAACACAGGAAAGAGGUAUCUGACCUCAUUAAAGAGUGCCGACAGUCUCUGGCAGAGUGUUUGUUUGCGUGGGCAUGCCAGUCACCGCUAGGCAAAGAUGACACGCUGGCUCUUAUUGGGCAUUUAGAGAUGGUGACCGCUGAAGCUGAUGGCUCUUUGGAUAGUGUCAACCUUGCUUUGGUCAUGGCAUUGCUCUAUUCCCUGGAUGUUAGUUUUCUGGAGCAAGGAACAGAAGAUAGAGAAGACCUGCUCCAGGCUUUGCCUCUGUUGACGGAGAAACAGUACGUGGCAGCCGUGCACAGUCGGCUGGUUGAGGGUCAAGGCUGGAAGCUUCCAGGACUGCAGGCAGUGGUGCAGCUGGCCUGGGCGCUGUCUCUGAGGGCCCUUUCACAACUUCCACAGGGUGCAGCUUUAGUGGAGUUCACAGAAGCAGAUGAGGCUCUGGCGGACCAGGCACUGUUGGGAGGCGUCUUCCUCUUUCUGACGGAGGGCGUCCUGGGAAGUGAUGGUUUCAGCCAAGAAGAAUUUUACACUCGGCGGCUGCAUUCUCUGAUUACUGAUUUCCUGGCACUCAUGCCAAUGAAGGUGAAACAGUUGCGCAACCGUGCCGAUGAAGAUGCUCGUCUGAUCCACAUGGCUCUGCAGAUGGGCAGCGAGCCGCCAUCAUCUCUUCGCAAGGACCUGGACCACCUCAUGAUCCUUAUUGGAGAAUUUUACAGCAAAGAUCCAUUUGAACUUGAGCUGGCUUUAGAGUUUUGGUGUCCAUCAGAGUCUCUUCAGCACACUUCACUCACUGGAUCUUUUCUUGGAGUACCUCUCCAAAGACCCCCACAUAAACAGGUGGUUCUCUCCAAGUUUGUGCGUCAGAUGGGUGAUCUGCUUCCUGCGACUCUUUACAUCCCAUACCUGCGAAUGCUGAAAGGACUUGCAAAUGGCCCUCAGUGCUCCCACUACUGCUUCAGUCUGCUUAAAACUAACGGCGCUCCACACGGAGAGAACCGGCAGGCUGGAGUGUCAGGCAGUCUUGUGUCAUGGGAACACUUUUUCCACUCGCUCAUGCUGUACCAUGAAAACCUGCGACGAGACGUGCCCAGUGCCGACAGCACACAAUACCGUCAUCUACCAAUCAGAGGCAUCACUCAGAGAGAGCUGGAAGGUCUCACUGCAUUCCUCCAGCUGCUCACCACGAUCAUCACCUGGAGUGAGAAUGCACGUCUGGCUCUUUGUGAGCACCCUCAGUGGACCCCUGUGGUGGUGAUGCUGGGUUUGCUACAGUGUAGUGUUCAGCCCGUCCUCAAAGCUCAAGUCCUUCAUGUUCUCGCUGCUUUUGGCAAAUCUCCUGAGAUUGCAGCCUCCCUCUGGCAGUCUCUAGAGUACACACAGAUCCUACAAACAGUGAAAAUCCCUGGUCAGAGACAGGCUGCUGGGAUCGAGGUGGAGCUGAAUGAGAUUGAAUCGAGCUGUGAGGAGUAUCCACUCACACGGGCCUUUUGUCAUCUGAUCAGUACUCUGGUGGAGAGCGCACUUCCAGUCAAUCUUGGAGCAGGACUGCGAGCUCCCGGCUUCCAACCUUAUCUUGACUUCCUGCGUGACUCUGUGUUUCUGGCCUUCCCCACGCGAGCCUACCGUCGCUCAGCAGAAAAGUGGGAGGUAGCUGAAGCAGUGCUAGAGGUUUUUCACAAACUUCUGCGAGAAUAUGAGCCCCAGCCUUCAGACUUCCUGCCGGAGAUGGUGGAACUUCAAGGAGAGCAGGUGCCGGCCCAUAAGCCCCCGGGGCACAGCCUGAUGUUCCACCUUUUGAACGACUCACCCACCCUCUCUCUCUGCCUCAACCUACUGGAGGAGGGCGCCCGCCAGCUUGACACAUACGCUCAAUUCCCUGGCAAGAAGCAGUUAGAGUCUGCAGUUCUGCACUGUCUGUGUUUGCUGGAGCUAGCCCUGCAGAAGGAGGUGACGUUCAUGGAUCUGCUGAGAGAAAGUCAAACAUCACUUCUUGUGUCUCCUUUGGAGCAGCUCCUGCAGGGCGUCAGUGCUCAGAGCAGAAAGGCAGAUCACAUCACCAACAUUGCUAGGUACCUGUAUCACAGCAGCUCCAAUCCUGAUGCUGCGUUCCAGAGUGCAAAGAUCCUGCGACGGAUCACUCGCUACCCAAACAUCCAGGCCAGACUGGUUGGAGACUUCACUCAUGAUCAGGCAGUGAGUGAGAGGUUGAUGGCCGGCUUUGUGGAGUGUCUGGACAGUGAAGAGGCUCAGGAAGGAGUGACCACAAAUGAUUCAGACUCUGAGAAACGGGUGGCCAGAAUUCGUCAUGAGACCAAGAUCCACAUCUUGAAUCUUUUGAUCACGUCCCUGGAGCUAACAGGCCCCAAUCUGGGCCUGUAUCUGCUUGGCUAUGAAGUCAAGAAGCCAGUUUCCUCCACUAACCUUCAAGACCCAGGUGUUCUUGGCUGUCCGCGGAGCUGCCUGCAUGCGAUUCUCAGUCUGCUUCAGAGGGGCAGUGACUCUCGCUCUGGACCUGGGCUCAUUAAACAGGCUCCUCAACUAGCUGAACUCUGCUACCAGGUGAUUUAUCAGCUGUGCGCAUGUCCUGACACCUCUGGCCCAACCAUGAGAUACCUCAGGACCAGUCAGGACUUCCUGUUCUCUCAUCUGCAACACCUACCUUUCGUUUUAUCAGAAAAUGAGAUCGCGGCUCUGUCUCAGAUGUCCUGGCUAAUGAAAACCACAGCAAUCGAGCUCCGAGUGACCUCACUGAACCGCCAGCGCUCACACACACAGAGACUCCUGAACCUCCUCCUCGAUGACCAGCCACACACAUUACACACAGCAGAUGGAGAGACCGGCAUGGAGGAGGAGAACAGAUCAGUCAGUGGUUUUCUGCAGUUUGGCACCGUCUCCAAGGUGCGCAGGAGGCUGCUCAGUGUUUUGGAUGCCAUAGAUUUCAGUCAGGAGGCACCAGAGCUUCUGCAGCUGGACUUCUUUGAGCGCACUCAGAUCGAGCAGGUCAUCACUAACUGUGAACAUGUCAACGAGCAGGGACACACCGUCUGCAAUGUCAAGUUGCUGCAUCGAGUUUUAGUUGCAGAGAUCAAUGCACUACAGGGCAUGGCAGCCAUCGGGCAAAGACCACUGCUAAUGGAGGAGGUGAAUUCAGUCCUGCAGCAGGUGGUGGAGAGGAAUCGCGUGCGGCGCAGUCUCAGUGCCAAGCGUCAUGCUCUGCAGAGCUGGAGGAGUCUGGUGGAGACCAUCCUCACCGCCUGUCCUUCAGAACUCAUCCCUGCAGACCAGCGGCAGCUCAUCAUCAGAGAUCUGCUGCUUGACCUGCAUGACAAGGUGUUAUCAGAAGAUGCUGCUGGUGAACUGAUGCCAAUCGUAGCCGGAGCAGUCUUCACAUUAACAGCACACCUUAGCCAAUCAGUGCUCUCUGAACAGCAGGGGGUGGGGCCAGAGGGUGGCUCUGGAUCAGGAUUUGCAUCCAUUGCUAACUCCGCCCUUCACCUCAUCCUGAGGAAGCUGCUGGACUUUAUCUUGUGCACAGGUGGAGGCUUUCAGCGUCUCAGGGCUCAUUUGUAUGGAGCUCUGCUGUACUACCUGCAGAUCGCCCAGAAACCUGAGGAGCCAGAGACACUGCAGACAGGCACAUCCAUGUGGGAGCGUUUGACUGCCCCUGAAGAUUGCUUCUCCAAGCUACAGAGAGAAAACCUGUCCAUCAUCGAGAGCUAUGGCACUGCGCUAAUGGAAGUGGUGUGCAGAGACGCUUGUGAUGGCCAUGAGAUCGGCCGAAUGCUGGCUCUGGCCGUGUUAGACAGGGUGUUGUCUAUAGACAGGCAGUGUCAGUGGCUGGUGUACUUGUGUAACAGUGGUUACCUGCGUGUGCUGGUGGAGAGUUUAAAGCAGGAUGACGUUUCUUUGCAAACUCUUCUCACGCCUCAGCCGCCGCUGCUUAAACCGUUGUACAUCUACGAGUCCAAAAUGGCUCUGCUGACCCGCGUGGCCAAGACCGCUCAGGGUGCGAUGGAGCUGCUGCGCUGUGGUCUGGUCGCUCAGCUGGUGGAGUGUCAGGUGUUUCACAUGCUCCCUCAGAAUGACGCGCUCAGAGUGUUUGGGCAGAGAGAUCCUUCAGGGUUUAUUCCUAGUCCUCUGGAGCGAUACAGGCAGAUCCUGCUUCCUACACUCAGACUGAUGCAGGUCAUCUUGACCUCCACCACCGCACAGCACCAGCAGGGGGCAGCACAGGUGCUCCAGUGGCUUAUCGUUCAUUCGGAUGUCAUUCAGUCUAUUCUGCAUGGUCAGGACAUGAGCAUGGGCUCUUUACAGGAACUGUCUCUGCUCACUGCCAUCAUCAGCAAGACGGCACUGCCAGGAGCACUUGAGAUGGGACAGGAAAUCAACAGCGCUGCCCUCAUGGAGUUACAGGGACACAUCGGCAGAUUCCAGCGGCAGUCGUUGUCUCUGCUGGUGCGUCUGGUGGGCACUGAUCGCGCUCGCUACCUUAAGCAGAUUGAGGACACCGUUUCUCCCAGCAACCUAGCAGAAAAAAGAGAGGAAAUGGAGGUUGCCAUGCAACAGAUCUGUGCUAAUAUUAUGGAGUACUGCCAGACGCUGCUGCUGCAGAGCUCAUCUGAAGCCCAGUUCUCACUCUGUCUGUUCAGCCCAUCAGCAAGUGAACCAGCCGAUGUGUCCAUCCCCUCUGCCCGCGUGCCCAGUCUGGGGCUGGUUCUGCUCCUGCUGAAAAACAGCGCCAGCGACUUCUUCAGGUAUCACGACAGUCACAGACAGAGCCUGAACAAGCUGGAGCGAGUGGAGCAGCUUCCUCCUGAGGAACUCAAAGAGCUGUGCCAGGGUUUGGUGUCUGGUUCUGGUGGAGUGGAAAAGAUCUCAUCAGUGCAGAGAAACGUACUCGCCAAACGGAGACUCGUCCAGCUGGUCAACAACAGAGCCAAGCUUCUUGCCCUCUGCUCUUAUAUCAUUGAGACGUGUCUGUUUGUCAUCUGGCGCCACCUAGAGUUUUACUUGCUUUACUGCACUCCCACUGACCCCAAAGACUCACUGCUGCCAGGUUACAGAGGUCAGCUUUCUCUCAAGCUUCAGGAUUAUUUUCAGAUGCUGUUGAAUGACAUGGUUUCUUACCAGAUUGCUCUCUCUGCAGAUCCUGCAGGCAGCAGAGGAUUGAGCGUGUCGAGAGUGAGCCAGCAAGAUCUUGAACAGUUGCAGAGUGACAUGUCGAGCAGCUUCAGUGAGCCGCUGCAGAGGAAGCUGCUGGAGGUGGAGGGACUUUAUAGCAAAAGCCGCUCUCGUCACACCUUCAUCCAGGCCCUGACACGCAGGAUCCGCGGCCUCGUACACCACGCCAAAAGCUGAACUCCGGCAUGCAGAUUUUCUCUAAUUGUGAGAAAAGAAAAAUCUUUUGAAUUCGGUGUCUUUUUUUGCAGUUUUGAUGACUAUCAAUCCACACAUGAGGUUUUCUGCCUAUGAUAGUCGCUGUAUUGGCUUUCUGCUUUUUUCUAAUGUGGUCAUUAAAUGCUUUUCUAACAGACA